UGCGGCCGCGACUUGGCGAGGUAGUCCCUAACGUCGCUGCUCGGCAUCCUUAGGACAGGCCGCCCCUGACGCCGCGCGGGGACCCCACUGGCCCGCACCCCCCAUGUGUUCACUCUUUGGUGCCCGGCCGGGCGGGCGCCUUGCGGACGCGGAGCCGCGCGGGUGACGGCAGAGGCGGCUGCGCGCCCAGCCCAGCCCGCGGAGAGGGCGCGCCGCGCCCCCGCCCCCCGCCCGCUCUCGGGAGGCCGUGGGUGCGGAUGCGCCGCUGACGACUCGCAGCGACCAGCAGUGCUGCCGGCCCGCCGGCCGGAGCCCGCAGCAUGGCAGCCGCCGCCUAUGUGGACCACUUCGCCGCCGAGUGCCUCGUGUCCAUGUCGAGCCGCGCGGUCGUGCACGGGCCGCGGGAGGGUCCGGAGCCCGGACCCGAGGGCGCGGCCACCGCUGUCGCCGCCACGCUGCCCCGCGUCGAGGAGCGCCGCGACGGCAAGGACAGUGCCUCGCUCUUCGUGGUGGCGCGGAUCUUGGCGGACCUCAACCAGCAAGCGCCGGCGCCCGCCCCGGCGGAGCGCAGAGAGGGCGCCUCGGCCCGGAAGGCGAGGACCCCCUGCCGCUUGCCGCCAGCGCCGCCACCCGCCCCCGAGCCGGCCUCCCCCGGCGGCGAAGGUGCUGCGGCCGCGCCCCUCAGCCCCGCGUGGAGCGAGCCCGAGGCCGAGCUCGAGGCGGGGCUGGAGCCGGAGCGGGAGCCAGGGCCCGCGGGGAGCGGCGAACCCGGCCUCAGACAAAGGGGCCGGCGGGGCCGAAGUCGCGCCGACCUCGAGUCCCCGCAGAGAAAGCACAAGUGCCACUACGCGGGCUGCGAGAAAGUUUACGGGAAAUCCUCGCACCUCAAGGCGCACCUGAGAACUCACACAGGUGAGAGGCCCUUUGCCUGCAGCUGGCAGGACUGCAACAAGAAGUUUGCGCGCUCCGAUGAGCUGGCCCGGCACUACCGCACACACACCGGCGAGAAGAAGUUCAGCUGCCCCAUCUGCGAGAAGCGCUUCAUGCGCAGCGACCACCUGACGAAGCACGCGCGCCGCCACGCCAACUUCCACCCGGGCAUGCUGCAGCGGCGCAGCGGGGGCUCGCGGACCGGCUCCCUCAGCGACUACAGCCGUUCGGACGCCAGCAGCCCCACCAUCAGCCCGGCCAGCUCGCCCUGAGCCAGGCCGCUGCCCCGCCCCCAGCAGCACAGCCCCGGCCGCCCCUCC